AUGUCGUUAUCGACGUUGACGUCGUCGCGAGCAUGGACAUACUUUUCCGAGCGCGGCGAGGAUGCGCUACAUGCUGUAAAAGGUGCAAUAGGCGGCUCGGGAUCAGGGAAGUACCUGGAUAUUCGUGAUGAUAAGCUGGUGCAGGUAAGAACGAAGCUAGAAAGUACACAGGAUGUGGAUCGUUUGGAUGGCAUGAAGAGUGUCGUGGCUAUGAUUUCUAAAGGCCGAGACGCGACGCCAUAUCUUGCAUCUGUGUUCAAACUAUCUUCUACCACGUCUCUUGAAGUGCGGAAAUUGGUAUAUCUUGUUGUAUUGCGGUACGCACCGCUGCAUCCAGAUUUAGCGCUUCUAUCCAUCAACAGUUUUCAGCGUGACUUGACAGACCCUAAUCCGCUGAUACGGGGCAUGGCACUUCGAACUCUUAGUGGCAUUCAAAUUGAUACUGUGUCGGAAAUUGUCAUGCUGGCGGUGAGCAAAGCGGUACGCGACCCACACCCGUAUGUUCGACGUAUUGCUGCGUUUGCUUUGACGAAAUGCUACGAUCUGGACGAGGAGUACUAUAAUCGCAUUGUGGGUUCUUUUCAAGUAUUGUUACAGGAUCGUUCACCAUCGGUUCUAGGUGCUGCCAUGUCCGUGUUUAAGGAUAUAUGCCAUGACCGUUGGGACUUGUUGCAUCGUCACUAUCGAAAGCUCUGCCUUGCACUCGGUGAUAUGGAUGAGUGGUCACAGCCUUUGUGCAUUCAUGUACUUACUCGCUAUGCAAGGACCAACAUCUCCAAGCCGUCCGACGAGCAUGUAGAUGCGGAUCUGGAGCUCUUGCUUACGUCGCUGUCCACGCUUGCAGCUAGUAUGAAUCCUGCUGUGGUAAUGGCUGUCGUACAUGCCUAUGAUGCACUUCUCCCUGAAAGCGUUCCAAUGGUGUUUCCUGCUCUUUUACGCCUGCUUCGGGCGUCCCCUGAUGUGGCAUACUUGGCCACAAGGAGUGCACUUGCACUUGCAAAAGCGAAAAAGGUGGAUAUGGUACCGGUCAUGUCUUCUUUCUAUGUACGUGCGUCCGAUCCAGCCUAUCUCGCACGUUCCAAGCUUCGAGUAUUAGUUUGUGUCUCGCCGUCGUCCCAUGCAUCCGUACUCGCUAACGAGCUUGGUGCGUAUGCGCAUGCGCCUUCGAUACCCUUGGCUCUGGACAGUGUUACAGCACUCGGCAUAUUGGCACGUCGACACGGAGAAGUAAGCGAACUGUGCUUGCAGCUUCUAAUGGAUUUGGCCCAGGAGGCCGCGAUACCAACGCUCGUCUUGAGCCGUGCCAUUCAGAUUAUAAAAGCCCUUGUACGCGUCAGCUCACCGUCUAUGGCCGCUACGAUUGUGACUCGUUUUUGCUUGCGCCUCUUUGUACCCUUGGCCAGAAGGGGACGCAGUCUAGAUGCACCAAAAAUCCGCAUCCUCACGGACCCAGCAUCUCGCGCGUCUGUGCUUUGGAUGCUCGGACAAUAUGCGGAAUUGAAGGUCACAGGUACGAGUUUGCUCGUGCUGCUUGUUCCCGAUAUACUUCGAUGUCUCGUGGCUCACUGGCAAAAGGAACACAUCCAAGUCCAAUGUCAAGCCCUUACACUAUCAGCUAAGGCCUACGCGCAUCUUUCUUCAGUUUCUGACGCCCAUAUUCGCAUGGCCAUCACGGUUCUACACUAUGAAAUUCUGCACCGGGCCUCACAAAGUCUGAAUGCCGAUGUUCGUCUUCGUGCUCGUUUCUACAGUGGACUGACUCGCGGACUGUCGGAUACAGACGAGGAACUAGAGGCUGCUCCAACCGAGGACAUUCGUGCUUAUCUCGCGUCCCAUCAGAAACUCGAUCUCUUGCGUCUACCCGGCGUUCGAUUGCGCCGGACACAAGUGCAGCAUAUUUUGGGGGCGCAUGACAAAAUUCAAUCGGAUGAAGAUUUCGCUCUUUCAAAUGACAUUUUUCCCACGAUACAGUUACGCGGGUCUCAUGCCUCUCAGCUCCCAGACUGGUCGAAUCCUCACACCCUACUGCCUGCCAUUGUUCGCGCGCCUGAUACCAACUCGAUUCAGCAGCAAGACACAUGGAUGGAAAACCAACGUUCAAUUAGCAGCGACAUGUUUUCAAAAAAUCAAACUUCUCCUGAAUUUGUUGUUCUCCGACCAAGCACCCCCUCAGUUCCCUCAGGAGCCACAUCUUCGACUGCCAAUGCACGGUAUAAAGACCUUGAUUCAUUCUUAGACGAAGAAAGUGAAAGUGAAGACGACAACGAAUCUAUUCACAUUGAUCAUCCCGCUCCUGAAGAUGACGAGUAUAUGUUGGACUCAUCUGGCACAGAGUAUGAUGAGGAUGACUAG